UCCCGUGGCUGUAUUAUUUAGUCCUGAAUGUUAAAGCACUCAAGGACUUUCCCGAGCGAACUCUCCGUAAAAUAACUGCUUAUCCCGGCAAAACACCGUGACACAGCAAGCUCUCCACGCUUCCCCUGCGACUGAGCUCAGGAGAGAACCUGACACGAGAGAAAGGGGCUUUAAUUGUACUUUAAGGAAAGCGUGGGUUUUUGUGAUGUGCCCAGGGUAUUGUAGCAACCGCCGCCUCGGCUCGGACUGAUCAUUGAAAACAACGCAAAUCUUUUCGCUUGUUCUCAAGGUAGUCGGAAAACAACUCUAGCACCCCCGGUCGGGUUCACGUUCAUCCGCUCAUUAUGGACAACGCGCGUAGCCUGCACGUCUGACUUGAGCGUACGGCGGGACUUAUAAUGCUCUAAUGAGCAGAAGGCUGUUCACGUGUAUUUUCGGAAAACUUUUCCGUUGACGUUUAUUAAGAGCCACCUUGGGUCUCCGGCUGAGCGUGAGCGCUCGUUUGAUUAGUUUUGUUCACACUAUCUCGCGCAGCGCAGCUCUUUCAUGUCUGUCUGACUGGAACUUUUUCAAGGAUUUUGUCUAUGAACUUGUUGCGGUGAGUCCCCUUUAAACCCUCGCGGCCCGUGUUGUGCUCUGUUUCUAGACUAUGGAGGUUCCGGGGGAGGCUUGCGAAUCCCCAGACGCAGUUUUUCACGGACCUUAUCAAAGCGUUUUUCAAAACGCCGAGAGUUUGGACUUUUCUAGCUUUAAGAAGCGCGGCUGCCUGCAGGAGACCGCGUUGACGGAAAUGCGUUUAAGCAAGCUGUCCCCCAGCAAGGGAAUAAUAUGCUGCCCCGAGAAAGAGUGCGAGAGUGCGAGUUUAGUGAUGCAGGCGGCGGCGAGUCGUAUUCAUUUUCACAAGAGUUUAACAGGAAGUAAAAGCGACUCGUCCCUGUCAUCUAGCGGCUCGGGCCGCGCAGACGCCACCGAAAGCAGCGGCAGUCGCGCAGGUUUCCUUUGGGGCGCUGAGAGCGGGCAGAAGGGCUGCGCUGCGGUUGAAGUUCACUCGCGCGAGUUGUGCUCGGUCCGUGACGCAAGUGUGGCGAGUAGUAGUCGCGCGUGCACCUCCAACAACACCAACAGCAGCAGCAGUAGUAGCAUCUCGGAGACAGCGAGAGAGCUGUGCAAAGCCGUGUCCGUAUCUUUGGGCUUAGCUAUGGAGUCCAGCGAACUGGGCGAGGUGGGACCACACCAUGCGCCGCCGCCCCUGACCACUGAAAGUAGUAGUGAGGAAAUCUUUUUGUUUGGAAUGCCUUUGCUGAACUGCUCAGUGAGCGAACGGGAGGCAGGAGGAGGGAAAGAAAGAGAGUACGCUCUCGCGGCGGGACGAGACAGAGGCGCAGAGCUGCGAGGCAGGGACAAACUGCUCGAGAUGUUUAAAAGUGGCGACUUGGAGCAGCUAGCUGGUGAGGUGACGACCUUGCAGUGCAGCACCGCAUCUCGAUCACACUUAACCGCGGAUGUGCAGGGGGUGCAUGAGUUCGCCAGCUUCUCCGGGGACUUUGCCAACUUGAGUUCAGAAGGUACGGCAGCGACGACAGCACCGGACAUGGACGCAACGCGAGCGGCUUCAUGCCAGUUCGAACAACUGUUGCCUCAGAGCAUGGCCCAUUUCGUGCAACCGGAGCUCGAAAACGGACCGAGCCAGAGCUUCGCGAAGCCCGCGGAGAUGUCCGGCGAGUUCGCGGGCCCCGUAGGAGCUUAUGUUAAUCUCUAUAAUGUCAAAAUCAAGGCAGAGAUGAUGCCCCGUGAACUAAAUGACACUUGGGCGUACCCGCAUAGGUACGCUGAGGACAGUAACGGCCAGUACGUGUCCACCAAACAGAGGACCCCUUACGCAUCUGGCCACGAUACGCCUUUUAUCUGUAACCCCUAUGAGUACGGCCGAAGCGAGGCUCUGGUUCAGCGGGAGCGACCUCCGCCCGAGCAGUGGUACCCCGGUGGGAUGUUGACCCGUCCUCCUUACCCUAACAUGCCCUGCGUGAAAAACGAGAUGGGCAAAUGGCUGGAUGUAACAUCAUUUACUGAUAGCAGGUUUGAUGGAGGAAGGAGUGACAUUUUCCCAAUGGAGUUUUUCCUUCCUCCACAAAGGACGUGCCUAAUCUGCUCUGAUGAAGCAUCUGGAUGUCACUAUGGAGCCCUCACUUGUGGAAGCUGCAAAGUGUUCUUUAAGAGAGCUGCUGAGGGGAAGCAGAAGUAUCUCUGCGCUAGCAGGAAUGACUGCACCAUAGAUAAACUGAGGAGGAAGAACUGCCCAUCCUGCCGUCUGAAGAAGUGUUUUGAGGCUGGGAUGACCCUGGGAGCCCGCAAGCUGAGGAAGAUCGGACAGAUGAAAGGUCCCGAGGAGGUCGGCCCUGUUCAUGGCCCAUCAGAGGCAGUCCAGUGCCUGUCGCCCAAGCCCAGCCUGACGUUCCACUCACAGUUGAUCUUCCUGAACAUCCUGGAGGCCAUAGAGCCCGAGGUGGUGAACGCCGGCCAUGAUCAUGCUCAGCCUGACUCGGCAGCUGCCCUCCUCACCAGCCUUAAUGAGCUGGGAGAGAGGCAACUUGUCAAGGUAGUGAAAUGGGCCAAAGGACUUCCAGGUUUCCGUAACCUGCAUGUGGAUGAUCAGAUGACAGUCAUACAGCACACCUGGAUGGGAGUGAUGGUCUUUGCUCUGGGUUGGAGGUCCUACAAGAACGCCAACGCGCGGAUGCUUUACUUUGCGCCGGACCUGGUCUUCAAUGAUCGUAGGAUGCAUAUCUCCAGCAUGUACGAGCACUGUGUUCAGAUGAAGCACCUCUCGCAGGAGUUUGUGCUGCUGCAGGUCACACAGGAAGAGUUCCUCUGCAUGAAGGCCCUCCUCCUUUUCAGCAUCAUUCCAGUGGAGGGGCUGAAGAGUCAGAAGUAUUUUGAUGAGCUGCGUCUGACGUACAUAAGCGAGCUUGAUCGUUUAAUCAACUAUGGCAGGAAGACCAACUGCGCCAUGCGCUUCCAACAGCUGACCCGACUGAUGGACUCACUGCAACCAAUUGUUCAGAAGUUGCACCAGUUCACCUUUGACCUCUUUGUCCAAGCUCGGUCCCUACCCACGAAGGUCAGCUUUCCCGAAAUGAUUGCAGAAAUCAUCUCGGUCCAGGUGCCAAAAAUCCUCGCCGGCCUGUCUAAACCAAUCCUGUUUCACAAAUGACAAGACUACACCCCUGAACUACUGAUCCAUACCAACCCCAUCCAGGCCAUAUGAGCCAGUCAGUUUGGCCUAAUCCAGUUUGAUCCAGCCUAAACCAGCCUGCAAUGCUCUUAAUCUGGACUCGAAUCGAGCGACAGGACUGAACGAUACUGAUUCUUUUUGAUUUUCCUUUUUUUUUUUUUUCUCCCCUUCAAUCCCUCCCUCCCUCCCUCUCUAUAUCAGUCUCAUCUCUCUCUCUCCUUUUGAAAAAUGGCCCUGAAAAGUAGCGGGACCAUUACAUCAUUACAGUUGUCUAUCUUCUCUUCAGAGAUCAUUUGAGCUCAUUUUCUCAAACUGACAGCAUGAUGUGAAGCAGGUUUUGUUCUUUCCUUCGACCAGCAGUUAUCCUUCAAGAGUUACGACGUAUUGCCUGGUGGACAGUUUGGAAAAAAUAUCACACUGAAGAUUCAUCUGAGCCCUUAAUCAAAAAAAAAAAAAAAAGGACACGGCAAAGAUCUCUAUCAGAGUCUGUGACCUGCCUCUAAUCUCUAUGCAUUGCAGGUUAAAAAGGUUUCAUUUAUUGUCCGUUGACUUGAGAGAUCAAGACAAAGCAAAGCAGCAUGCAUAGAGAAAUACAUCAGAACUUGACAAAAACCAUGACAGAGUCUCUUCGCUUGUGACUUUUACUCUUUUUAGUUAGAACAACACACUACUUAAUAUAGUACUAUAAUAUUACAACAGUAUGGAUUUCAGUACAGCAGGCUGGCUAUCAGUUUCCUCCCUGCUUUAUUAGUUUAUUGAUUGUAAAACAAGUGCUUCAUUCAUUUCUUAUGAAAUGUAGAGGCUCUUUGUAAAAGCUUUUUAAAAGGCAUCAUUCAUUUGGGGUCAGACAAUCUGUGACUUUAAUUUUAAAAUGUCACAGUUAGGUUUUGCCACUAAGAACGAAACAACAGCACAAUAAAAAAAAAAAAUAAAAAAAAAUAAAAACAUCUCACAGUCAUCAAGACUUGCCUCCUCCAGACAGCAGACUUUUGUUAAGACGGGGCUCAGUGCCCUCUUUUGCAACCUGGAUAUUUAAGUGCAGGUUUUAGGGGAUAUUGUUGACAGUUUGUACAUAAAUACAGCAAUGCUUGGGUAAGCAUAGAUGAUCUUCAAAUAUAUACACAUAUAUCAAUUUAUGCAUGCUGUCUUCAUAUCCAUCAACAAAACAACAAACAAAUAAUUGCAUGCUAAAUCCCUAGAUAUUCAAACAAACCAAACUGCAUUGCCAGUAAGCUAAAUGGAUAUUGUUAGGAAACGGUACUGUUUCCCAUAAG